GAGGCGAUUCCAUCUUUCCAAGACAGCACAAUCAUCCAGCGGCUCGGCCUGCCCGUUUAACCUUCGUCGAGAAGACCUGCGGCGCAAGGGAGAGAGCAGUUUGAGCGAUCCUCCCAGCCGUCAUGUCGUCGUCGCCAUCGCAUAUUUGCGCCUCUUCCUCUUCCACCGUGCACGCUAGCACCACGUUUGCCUCCACGUCUUGAUUGCAUCAUAGCUCCGUACCCACUUCUCAUACAACAUCCCUCUCGUAAGGGCAACCAGAAGACUCAGUCGGGCUAGCCGGACAGCUGUGGAGCCUCCGUGCUUGCCACCUAAGGGUGACUCCGCGUUGUCACAGCAAACAUGUCGCUCACGCCGCUUGGCGUUGCAGUGCCACUUGCAUGCGCAGCAUUUACUGCUAUCGUCGGCGUCGCGGCCGCUGCUGUUGGCCAAGCUUUUGGCCCAGCAGCCGUACAGUCGGGUGCUGCUUCGCUGGCAAGAAUGCCAGCAAUGUCAGAGGCAACCCCGGACCCACUCUGGGACGGUGCAAAGGUCCGACGACAACUUGCAGAGGAUCCUGAUGAUUCCAGUGGUCCCACAAACCGCGUUGACACACUACUUCCCACCUCUGCGUCUGAUAUCGCCGGCCAGCCAUCGCCUACCUUUAUCGGCGAGCCCCACGACCCCUUGCUAGCCUUGAUCCCAUCCUUUGCUUUCAGCAUGCCGGCGCAGAUUUUCAUUAAUGGGAUGAACCUAUCAUUGAUGAUCGUCCUUGCGGUUCAUCUUAGCUUCACCACACGCUACCACUUCCCGCUCAGCAAGCAGAAUUUCCUGCUGCAGGCUGGAAGCACGACGCUGCUCUUGGCCAGCCUGAUCUCUGAAACGGCAGUCAUCCUCAAGGAGCUCAAGCGGAAGAGCCACAGGUAUCCUUACAUGUUUCCCUACGUUGGAGUGCAACUGCCACCGCCGGAUCAUUCAUGGACCAUUGUGCAGGACGUAUUUUACCUGCUGAUGCUGGCCAUGACCACCUUUCUAGCACACCUUACGCACAUCCAAUUCUUAACGCUCCUCUUUCCUUCUUCCUUGGAAAAGCGGCUCAUCUUUUGGAUGCUGGGUCCACUCGCGCUCGCGUCGGCAGGCAUGCUUUUCACAUCCCUCUCACCCGAUUCGGACUACAAGACGACUGAUCUGGGCGACGCAAUCCGCAACAUUUGCAAUUCCACCUUGACACUGCUCUAUUUUUGCGCUCUGCUCAUCUGGGGUCUGCUUGUCAACCGCCGAAGAGCUUGGCGCACGGACGGCGGGACGGCCGCCUUUGGCGGCGGCGCCGUCGGUCUCGCGUUCCUCAACACAGUCAUCAGCUUCGUCGAGAUCGCAUACGACCGCCUUUGGUGGCUGCAAGAUAUCGGUUGGACACUCACCGUCUGGCAGAGCUGGCUCGGCUUCUGGUGGUGGGUCGGCAGCGGCAUGGGCAUCGGCGAGGUCGAGGACCGCGAGCUGCGGGCGGCUAAGCGGCGUAAGCGGCGCAAGCGUCUCGAGCGCAAACGGCGCAGGGAGGACAAAGAACGCGCGGCAUUUGCCUCGGUCGUUGCGGAGAGGGCUGCCACUGCGAAUGGGGCGGAGAAGGUCGAUACGGACAGCGGCUUCGUCGGCAUUCGCAGACUGCGCGACGCCAUCCCGGGUGUUGGAGAAGCAGGCGGCAACGGACUGGCGGCUACCAUCAAAGGCCAUCUGCGAAGGCGGCGGCCGCCCGCAGCACAGCACGAGACGGAUGGAGAGUUGACCGCCGUCGAAGCGCACGAUGGUGAGCACGAUGAGGAGGAUCAGGAGGAAAAUAGAGAGGUGCAGCGUGUCGAAGAUGAUGCCGAGCUGGCAGGGAUCUCCAUUGCGCCAGGCGAAGACACACAAACGAGUGGCGGAGGCAGCGGCGAAUCGGAUCCGACAGCUGAGUCGUCCGCGCCACCAGGCCCGUUCGGGCGCAUGCUGCAGACGCUCGCGGCGCACCAGCCGGCAUUUAUCCGGCAGCGCUUCCAGCGUCUGCGCAUCGCGCAUGUCGCUGCGGCGCGCCGAGCCGCGACGCAACAGACUGCGCUUCGCGAUCAGGUGCUGCACCGGAGCAACCAGGCGCGCCAGAGUGCCGCCAAUCCGGGACUGCGCACGAUGAUGAUGAUCGAAGGACAUAGCUCCGAGCACGUCGAGUACCUCGCUUCUUCGCGUCCGACUUCGACUACCGGAGGAAAUGCUGCAGGCGGGGGGCGGCCGGUCUCGUUUCCCGGCCGUACUCGGUUCGCCGACUCUUCAUCGCAACCGUACCUACGCCUCACAUUGCCCAUGGCACUCCGCGAGACGGACCAGACUGGAGGUUCGUCCUCCAGACUUAACAUCGGCAUACCAUUGGGGUCUGCGCCUGCCGCACGACAGAAGCACACGCAAAGACAGCAUCAGCGGCAGCAGCAGCGACAGCAGACUUCCGAUGACGACGAUGUCAAUCGCGAUACAGCAGAUGACACCGCGGAUGAUUGGGUCGAUCAGGAACCUGACGAAGCUCCUGCUGCACUACAGGACGAUGCAGUAUCGGAUGCAGUAUCGGAUGCAGCAUCGGAUGGUCAGGAGGAUGCACAAGGCAGCUCACAGAAUGCUUCAGAUUCAUGGAUGUGGCGAGGAGGGCUGAAGCGCGCCCGCUUACGGGACCGGACUACGUAUGGGUGAUGAAUGAACACUACGGUGCUACAUGUCUGUUGUGCACGCUUCUCUGUAUUGUAGAAUGUAGCAGUUUUGUACGCUUAGGC